UAGAGCCAUAAUAAUCGCAGUACUUUAACUUUUUUAAUGUAAAGCGCUCGAGCGCGGCAGGUGUGUUUUAUCCGCGGCGCGUUUGCUUUAACGUCGCUCUCAGGUGUCGAGUGUCUCUGAGCUCUGCCUCCUGGCUCCCCGCGCGCGCGCUCGUGCUCAGUGUGGUUGCGCUGCUGAAGGAAGAGGAGAGCUCCUGCAGCUGUGGAUGAAUCGGUGCCUUAAGUUUAUCUGCUCGCUCUUCUCCUUUUCUGCCCCGCUGUACUGUGUGUGUGUGUGUGGAGGAGUGGGGGAGCGCGUGUAUGGGUGGCGGGACAGCGCGCGGGUGUGGAGAGAGGUGAGGAGGAUCAGGAGCUCGCGCACUUCUGGCUGGAUCUACAGAACCGCGCGCACGGAUUUACUGAAAAACACUUUAAACGACUUUUUAUUACUGUUUGUAAACACAUAUUAUUACAUUAUUUAUAUCUUAAUUAUUUAUGCAUUUAUGAUUUAAACUAUUGUUUCAAUUUAUUUACUUCUUUCUUUUUAUUAUUAUUUUUUAUUUCUUUUAGACUUAGUUAAUUUGUAUAUCGUUUUGGAAACAAAUAUAUAUGUAUUAAAACAUAUAUAACACACGCAAAACAGAAACGCUUAACAGCGUUUUAAUAACAGCAAGUCAGAAUGGAGCUCGUGGUGAGCGCGAGAGCAGCGUGCUGAGAGCGCAUCGGUGAACUCGCUAUGGAACUGCUCGGGCUUUAUGGACUCGUGUGGAGUUGUCUUGGCCUGGUGCAGAGCGCGCGGGCCGGUCUGGCCGACCACCACGUGCACUCCAGCUUUAUCUACAGGCGCCUGCGGAACCACGAGAGGCGCGAGAUCCAGCGCGAGAUCCUGUCCAUCCUGGGUCUGCCGCACCGGCCCAGGCCCUUCUCCCCGGGCAAGCACGCGUCCUCCGCGCCGCUCUUCAUGCUGGAUCUCUAUAACGCCAUGACCACGGAGGAGGAGGCGCUAGUGCUGGGUGACACCGGCAAAGCGGCGCGUGGGAAGAGCGCCGGGAGCGCGCGCAAAAGCUCACAUAGCCCCGCGCGGCAGCCCUUACCCAGCCGCAGCCCGCACCUGGCCUCCGCGCACCUAGCCUCCCCGCACGAGACCAACUUUCUGAACGACGCGGACAUGGUCAUGAGCUUCGUUAAUCUGGUGGAGAGGGAUCGGGAUUUCUCCCAUCAGAGAAGGCAUUACAAAGAGUUCCGCUUCGACCUGACUCAGAUACCGGACGGGGAGGCCGUGACCGCAGCCGAGUUCCGCAUCUAUAAGGAUCACGGUCACGGCAAAUACGAAAACGUCACGCUCAAAGUCUCCAUAUACCAGGUUACCAAAGAGUACCCCAACAGAGACGCUGAGACAUUUUUGCUCGAUUCAAAGAAAGUCCGUGCCUCAGACGGAGGGUGGAUGGUAUUCGACAUCACAGCUACCAGUAACCACUGGGUGCUGAACCCACAGCAGAACAUGGGCCUUCAGCUCUGCAUAGAAACCAUGGAUGGUCGAAGCAUCAACAUGAAAUCUGCAGGGAUCAUUGGGAGGAGUGGGCCACAGUCCAAGCAGCCUUUUCUUGUAGCUUUUUUUAAAGCCAGUGAAGUGUUGCUGCGCUCUGUAAGAGCCACCGGGGGCAAGAAGAAAAAUCACAGCAGAAACAAAAGCAGAAGUCAACAGAAAACCUCACAAGCUCCCAGGAGUGGAGAUCAAAACACCAGCGAACAGAAGCAAGCCUGCAAAAAGCACGAGCUUUACGUCAGCUUCCGUGACUUAGGAUGGCAGGACUGGAUAAUUGCACCAGAAGGCUAUGCAGCUUUUUACUGUGAUGGAGAAUGCUCAUUCCCACUUAAUGCACAUAUGAAUGCAACAAAUCAUGCAAUUGUACAAACUUUGGUCCAUCUUAUGUUCCCUGAUAAUGUGCCCAAACCCUGCUGUGCCCCAACCAAGCUGAAUGCUAUAUCUGUGCUGUACUUUGAUGACAGCUCAAAUGUAAUUCUGAAGAAAUAUCGCAACAUGGUCGUAAGAUCUUGUGGGUGCCACUGAGAGUAAACAUGCACAUGUGGAGCUUGUUUUGCAGGCAUAAAUUUACCCUAGUUUUGGGCUAAAUGACACUGCCACUGGGGGCUAUCCGUUACAAAAUCUAGGACUCUAGGUUCAUCUGUGCCAUACUCUCCAACUAGAUAGUUUUAAGAUUUGAUGUACAGUGUUAUGUAUAUAUUAGCUCAUGAUUGUUAUUAUUUAUUUGGCUUUUAUCUGUUCAAAUAGAAUGUAUGUAGAACAAAGUUACCACUUGCAGAUGUCUGAUACUGAAUGAUCUUUCAUGAAAAUAUGUUACAGUGAUUGAGACCAGAGAAAAUAAUUACUACCUUUCUUACUUUUAAAAGUGUUUCCAGUCAGUAUAAAGGUUUUGAUUUCAGAUCAUUGUUGGUUUGUUUGAAAAGCACAGGAGAUCACAAACAAGGCAAUGCUGAUAAGAUGCAACAUUGUGUAAAGUCAAUAUAACUUUGUAUCUCACUUUAUUUGGAUAGUAUAUAAUAGACCUCAAUAGAUCAUGUUUAAUUUGAUAACAGAGUAUUAUGAUAAGGAUAAAAAUUGGAAUUAGAGUUUGGGAAAAUAACCUCUAAAAUUCUUAAACACAUUGUUUUAAGUAUUAUUCAGUAAUUGCGUUACUUUUUCUUUACUCAUAGGAGUAACAUAUUAAACAUAUUGGACCUGACCGUAGUUUAUGGAUGUUUAAGAUGUCAGGUGAAAGUAAUGUUUGCUAUGGUUAGUUAAGUAUCCUGUGAGCAUCUGAAAAUAUUAAAAUAAUGUAUCUGUGUGACCAGGGCAGUAUACUAUCUAAAUAAAGUGUUACCUAGGUUAAUGUUGUGGCUUAGUUUGCUAAGGAAAAUGGUUAUUUUCAUGUUUAUGUUUGACAAAAUUUAAUAUAUCAUAGAAAUCCAUUUAUCACCCCCUACCUACUCAAACACUAUUACCUUCAGUCACUUUAUUUCAGUUACCAGUAAAUUAAUACGGCUUUAAAGGGACUUGAUGGUCUUCCAAGUUGCUUCUUGGACUUUUCUAUACAUUUACAUUAGUAAUUUGAGUAAUAUAUUUUUGGAUAUUAUUGCAUUUACUUUAUUAGAACUAUGUUUAUGUGUCAAUAAAUAUAUUUUAAAUACCAA